CCUGCUGCUUGGUAGCCUCCUUUCCUCAGAUGCGAUUAAGGGGCCAGUUUCCAAAGGAGAUUACAGGGGCAAAGUUAGUCUCCCCUUCUGUGGGAAUCUGGGCAUAAAAGGUCUGGGGACAGAGGGGGAUACCAGCAUAUCGAGAAGAUCUUUGAGUGGAACAAUUCCACUGUCACUCUGUCACAAUGGCCUUCCUGCCUAGGAGCAGUGAAGAAGAGGAGGAACUGUCUUGGCCCAGUAACAGCCCAGGCUCUCCCUGGAAACCAGACCCUCCAAAUCAGGUCAAGAACUUGUGGGAUGACCAGGACAUUCAGGUUUCUUCUCAAAAGCCUGGUCCACCGUCCAUCACGGUGGAAGCCACAGAUAUAAAUGAGGUGGAAAGUGGGGAGCUCAGGUGGCCUCCUGAGGAGUUGCUAUUAUCGGACAGUGAAGAGGAAGAGGAUGAGGCCUUUUUCCAGGACCAAGAUGAAGAAUCAGGCUGGGCUUGGUGCCCCUUGGAUCCCAGGUCCUCUUUAAGAACCCUCAAUCCUGGAUCUGACUGGGAGCAGGAUGAAGAGGAAGAAACCUGGGGGGAGAGUGAUUCAUGGAUUUCUGGUGAGUGAGAUUAAGACUCCUUUCCUUAUUUCCUGAAUCACAGGGCCAUUCAAGGUCUCCACCCCCCACUGCUCCACGUGGCCUGUAGAAUAGGGGAUGCCACCAACCUG